GCAAAUUCUAACUAUUUACAAUCAAACAACACAACAUCCGCAAAACAUUAAAUAAAAAGUGCAAAACAAAAAGAAAAAGCAGCAUCCAGGAAACAGUUGUGUCUUUACUGAAGAUUGGCAUUCAAAGGCUCCUCCUCCGUGUGCUGUGUAUGUUAACCGACCCUACGGCGUCACUCUUAACAGAAAAAAAGACGAGGAAAAAACUACCGUAAUCGGCCCUAAAUUGGCUCCCAACGACGCGAGCUGGCCUCGGUCGUUCAUUUUAAAGAGCCGGCUCUUAGAGCCGAUUCGUUCGCGACCGACACAUCACUCCUGGGAACACACUGUGUGUCUGUCAUCUGUGAUGCUAACGGUCUGUUAGCCAUAUUAGCAAGGCUGGACACUAGGAACACCGUUGACAUCGGACUUAUUGGCUCAUAAUGGCAAGUAAAAAUCAUCCCAAAGUGUGGAAGUAUUUUGAAAUGGUUUAAAGUGACUUCUGAAAGUGAAGUACAACUUGUGUCAGCAGCUUCUUUCAUAUCAGGUGAAAACCACCAACGUCACUGGAUCAUCAUUGAACAUCAUUAUAUACCAUUACCAUUAUAUACCAACAGUGCCAUUCGAUUGCUGCCCGAACUCUGGCCAGAAGGUGCAGCAUCAUCAGGAAUAGGAGCUGGCACUUCAGGGGCUUCUUGGUUUGCAACACCUCUGCCCUGUCUACGCUGGCGGCUGGUGGUGGAGUUCCUCACCUUGGCUCCUUUCUUCCUUGGCAGCACGACGUGAUGUGAAUAAGGCGAUGCUUCAAUGGCAGAGGAGUAUGCUGACCAUCGCACAAACGGUUGAACUUGUGUACAUGCUGAAGGAAUGAAGAAGUUACGCUGCUGUACGCCACCAUUAUGGAAUACUGUAAAUGAAUCUUUGGUUUGAAGGAGGAGGACUGCAACAGGAGUAAUGCAGCAAUGUGUUUUAACAAGGAUACAAAAAAAGCUACAGUACAGCGGAACGGCACCAGGAAGAAAAGGCAUGGGAGUGAAAUACGGAUGUAGACAGGGAGAGGUUAUCCAGCAAGACCUCUGAGGAGACACACAGAGUAAAGGAAGUGAUCCAGAGGACUCCACCUGUUUCCUUAAGGAAAAGUGCCCGUUGGGGGUUGGGUUACCAUGGAAACCAGGACUGUGACGCAGCGAGAGCAGGAGUCUUCGUCGUCCCGUGCGUCUCACAGCAUGGAGCUGUCCUCUCAGACCAAGAAGAGGACCUUCACAUCCAGUGACGAGGAAGUCCCAUAUUCUGAUUUCUGUCCCAACAUCCCCGCUGACGUGAUUAAGGAGAUCCUGAACAUGGAAAACAUCCCCCGCCAUAGAACAUGGGAAAUCCUGAGGGAAACUCUGGCUGGUGAUGAAGACUAUCACAGAGACGAGUGGACAAUGUUUGGGAACGAGGCAGAGAAGCUGGAGAAAGGUGUGAUCAGGCACCAGCGUUUGCUGCGUACUCGGGUGGACAAAUUGGCCCUUCGCAAAGAGGCACAAAAGAAGGCAUCGGAGCACUUGAGGUACCUGGAGCGUCUGAGUCAGAAGGUUCCAGACUUCGCCGUCCCCCUGAGAGCCCACACUGUCUGGGAGGGCAUGACGGUCCAACUGUCCUGCAUCGUCCAAGGCUGUCCAACCCCAGAAAUCACAUGGUAUAAAGACGGCAAGCCACUGAGAAGGUCUGAGAAACCAUGGAACUAUGGUCUUCAGCAAGCGUUUGGUCUUAAUUCACUGGAGAUCAGACGAUGCUCUCCUGUCGAUGGUGGCGUUUACAAAGUGGUCGCCAAGAGUCCUCUGGGUGAAGCUAUGACCUUUGCCACACUUGUAGUGAAUUCAUAUCGAGGCGCCACAGCUGGUUGCGAGGAUUCAACGACUCGGGCCUCACAGGAAGCCGUCUUUGCUAGUGCCUUUCCGCCAACAUGGGUGAAGGAAUGUGAUAGUCUCACCCUGAGCUGUUCCUUCACAUCACCUCUGCUGCCCUUCCAGCAGGACAUCACCUGGUUCAGAGAUGGAAUCCAACUGCUGCAAUCAUGUACUGUGGACAUAAAGACAACCAACAACACGGCCUCCAUCACUCUAAGCGCUGUGUACAAGGAGCAUGAAGGAGUAUACACCGUCCGCCUGAAGACCUGGGAUGGGAUUCUGGAAUCUAGUGCCUAUGUCUAUGUCGAAGAUGCAUCGGCCGCAGUGGUCGGAGGUCCUGGGUCUCCCCUGUUGGUUCAGGUAACCGACGUCAACAAAGACUACGUCUUCCUCACCUGGCAGCCGCCCAGUGCCGAUGGAGUGUCACCUGUGGAAGGCUAUUUCAUUGAGAGAUGUGACCUCAGUCAGGGCCAGUGGGUACGCUGCAACAUGCACCUUCAGAAAUUAUGCCACUAUCCGGUGUUUGGGCUAAAAGAAGGAGCGAAGUACCAGUUUAGAGUUCGGGCUGUCAACCAGGCUGGUGUGGGUCGCCCCUCUAAGGCUACUGAACCAGUUGUCACUGAGGACCCCCUGGAACAUACCAGGACCAUGGUGGUUAAAGUGCACAGAGGAAGGACCAUCGCCAUCACCAAAGAUGAACUGGAAGGUCAGGUCCGAACUCCCUUCCCCCCCACCAAUGUCCACGCCUGCGAAGUGAGCGACAUAUAUGUGGUGCUUAGCUGGACCGAGCCGGAACCUCGAGGGAAGGAGCCGCUCACCUUCUAUGUGGAGCGGUCGCAGGAAGGGAAGAACACCUGGGAGCUGGCCAGUCUGGAUGUGGUGGUCAACUCUCCCAGGUUCCCUGUCUUUGACCUGGUUAAAGGAACCCAGUACCGCUUCAGGGUGCGCGCCAUCAACAAGUAUGGCGUCAGCGACCCAUCCGAGCCGAGUGGCUUGAUCAGCUUGGGGAAACCAGAACGUGUUCCUUCUCCACCUUCAUCCCUCAUGGUCUUCAGAGACACAGACACCUCGGUGCUGCUUGAGUGGCAGGAGCCCAAAGACAAAGAGGGCAUCCUGGGGUAUUACUUGUACUACAGUGAAACUGGACAAGGGGACUGGAAGAUUGUCAACAACAAACCUGUUACCGACACCAGGUUUACAGUCCACGGUCUCCAGACUCGUAAGGAAUAUGUGCUCAGGGUGAAGUCAGUGAGUCGAGCAGGAAACAGCGACUACUCUGAGGAAUCUCUUCCCAUCGUGGUGAAAGCCGCCAUUUGUGUUCCCUCGGCUCCCUCCGCCAUCGCUUUGCUGCUGUGCACUGGAUCAGAGAUGGUGUUGGGCUGGAGGAGGCCUCGCCAGGAUGGCGGAGCACCUGUGAGGGGCUACUACCUGGACCAGAAGGAGGCAGGGGCCGAAACCUGGAGGGAGGUCAAUGUGAAGGCGGUCAAAGAAAGGCGAGCUACGGUUUCCAAGCUGACCAGCGGGCUUUGGUACCAGUUCCGUGUGUUUGCCACCAACAUGGUUGGUGUUGGGAAGCCGUCGGAUGCCAGCGAGGCUUUCCUGUGCGAGAAGUGGACCAUGGCGGAGCCUGGUUGUCCCUUUGACCUGGCGGUCCGGGAGGUGAGAAACAAUUCGCUGGUGCUCUUGUGGGCUGCUCCGCUGUAUGCAGGGAAGGACCCGGUCACUGGCUACUUCCUGGAAAUCAGCCAGGGUGGACCAGACUCCGACAACUGGACUGCUUUGAAUGAGAAACCAGUCACCGACACGUAUUACAAGGUUUCAGGUCUUCAGGCGGGUGAAACCUACCGCCUCCGUGUGUCGGCUGUCAACGAGGCAGGAACGGGACGUGCCUCCCUCCCUUCUGAGGCUGUCAUGGCUCAGACCCCGCCAGACACUAAAAACAUUGAGGUUGGCGUGGAUGACGAAGGCUUCAUCUACCUGGGAUACGAGUGUGACGAAUUCGAUGAGAGCAAGUGUCUCUGGAGCAAAAACUACACAGAGCCCAUCGAUGAUGCCAGAGCUCAGGCAGAGAGCAAGAACGGCAGGUCAGUUCUCACCUUCAGCGACGCCUCUGCAGAAGACCUGGGUCUCUACACUAUGGAGAUGAGCGACGACCCCAGCCAGUCGUCGAGCUACGUCCUCACGGCGGAAGACCUUGAACGCCUCAAAGAACUCAGCCAUCAAGUCAGAAAUCCACUGAUUGCGCUGAAGUCGGGCUGGCAUGUUGAGGUUUCAGAGAAGGGCGAAGUGCGUCUUUGGCUUCAGACAGAGAGUCUGAGCGAGUCUGCUGAGCUCCGUCUCAUUUUCAACGACAAAGAGAUCUCUAGCACUCCGCACCGCAAGAUCAACUUUGACAAGGCUGAAGGUCUGGUGGAGGUACUGAUCGAUCGGCUCGGCCGGGAGGACGAAGGCUCGUACACGGCUCAGCUGCGGGAUGGCCGUGCCAGGAACCAGUUCACUCUGGUGCUGGUGGAUCAACAAUUCCGUGAGCUGCUGGCACUGGCCAACGGCAAGCGGCGUGACCACGAGAGAAAGAGCGGGCCCUACUUCCAGGAGUACUUGUCUUGGAGCGUUAACAAGGAUUGUGAAGUGAUCAUAAAGUGCAAGGUAACAAACACAACCGACGACACAACUCUCAGGUGGUUCAAGGACGGCACGAAAGUGACCCAGGCUGUGUAUGACAUCCCAUCGGGGGUCAGCACGCUUACCAUCCCUCAGAUUGGAAAGAAGGAGGCGGGCUCUUAUAAGGUUGUGGUGUCUGACCCCAGAGGAGAGGACGUCAGCACCUUGGCACUACUGGAUGAAGAGUUCAACAAGCUUCUCCAGCAGCUGAGCAAACAAUGCGCAAUGUCAGCAGGUCCGCUGAGGGUUCAGAGCACCGCUGAAGGCUUCAGGCUCUACUGCUCGCUCAAAUAUUAUAUCAGCUACCUCAAGACCAUCUGGAGCUUCAAGGAGAAGAGGAUGGAGCCCCAGGCCAGGACCAGGAUGGGCAGCAAUGCUCACACAGUCUGGAUGGACAUCUUUAACCCCACAGAGAACGACAAGGGCAAAUACAGCUUAGAGAUGUUUGACGGCCAGGAGACACACACACGCCAUCUUGACCUGUCUGGACAAGCCUUUGUUGAUGCCUUGCUGGAGCACCAGAGGCUGAAGCAAGAAGCCGUCACUGAGAAAAACCGGGCUAAAGUGACAAAGGGCCUCCCAGAUGUGGUGGCCAUCAUGGAGGGCAAGUCUUUGUGCCUGACGUGCUUCAUCGAGGGCGACCCGGACCCGGACGUCUUCUGGCUGCGCAAUGACCGAGAGCUUCCCAGCGAGGGUCAGUUCUUCAUCACCAAAGAGCCCCGCUGCAGCACCAUCACCAUCAACGACGUCCACACGGACAACUCGGGCAAGUACAGCGUGGUGGUGCGCAACCGGUGCGGCUCAGAGACAGUGGACGUGACAGUGAGCGUGUACAAGCACGGUGAGCUGCCGCCGGCCAAUGCUGUGGAGAUGGGCCUGUGAGAGUAGGAGUAGAGGGUUUUAUUGUCUCUUAAAGCAAUGUUAGAGUGAAAAAUUGUAGACUCGGUUUGGUGCAAUAGAAGCAAAGGUGCACAUGAUGGUGUUUGGUUGGUCUUCUCACAGCCUCGAGUCUAUGCAGACCUUCGCCAAGGCCAAACUGGUAACAACUGUCUUGGAGUGUCGUGUUUGUUUGCUAGUUACAGGCUACUUCCUGAUUCAUGGAGGAUACAAAGGGGAAUGAACGGGUGUCCAAAGUGCAGCAUGGGGGACAUCUUCAGCUCACUUUAAAAAAAAGUGUUUAGGGAUUAUUGUGCCUGUUGUGAGAUAAUUCAAAGCUGCAAUAAAAGCCUGAUGU